GCAAGUGGUACGAAACGUUUUGAGUUCACUGAAUGUUACAAACUUGCUGCUGCUGCUGCGUGCUGCGAGCGUCUCAAAACUGACAUUUCUGUUUCGGAGCUGUUUAAUUGCUAAUCAUCAAAAUGGAAUCCAGUAAAUCGGAAUCCACACCGAAACAAGCCAUGGUAUAUAUUUGCGGAGAAUGCCAUCACGAUAACGAGCUUCGUCAGAGAGAUCCGGUCCGUUGCAGGGAAUGUGGCUACAGAAUUAUGUACAAGAAGCGCACCAAAAGACUUGUCGUCUUUGAUGCCCGAUAAAAUAACAAAACUAGGACCUAAUGUAUCAGAAUAUUUAUAAAUUUCCGUGUAACAAUUAUAAUGUAAGUUCCAAUAAGUAAACACAGUUUUAUCGCAAAAAUUAUGUGUU